AUGGUGAAAUUCAUCAAGCCGAGCAAGGCGGUGAUACUCCUCCAGGGUCGCUACGCCGGCCACAAGGCCACCAUCCUCAAGAACUUCGACGACGGUACCCGCGACCGCCCUUACGGCCACUGCCUCGUCGCCGGCGUCGCCAAGUACCCGGCCAAGGUCAUCCGCAAGGACUCCGCCAAGAAGCAGGCGAAGAAAUCGCGCGUCAAGGCAUUCAUCAAGGUCGUUAACUACAGCCACAUCAUGCCCACGCGCUACACGCUCGACGUGGAUCUGAGGGAAUUCGCCGGCGCCGACGCGCUCGCGUCGCGCGACAAGAAGGUCACGGCGUGCAAGGAGAUCAAGGCCCGGUUCGAGGAGCGGUUCAAGACAGGCAAGAACCGCUGGUUUUUCUCCAAGCUCAGGUUCUGA